AAAACUGUCAAAGUCAUGAUGCGACGCUUGACGCUAUCAUAUAAAUAAAACUUAAAUCGAUAGAUUUUGAAGUAAAUUUACAUAAAAACUUAUUCCAACAGUAUUAUUUAGUAUUAUAGAACAUUCCUGUAGGCAACUAUGGAGGAUUUAUGCACCGCUUGCCUGUGCUCGGGCCGAAAUUUGUACUUUAUCGGCGAGACUGGGUUUGACCAUUUGUAUUCACAAAUUUUGAAUGAAAUGCAGGUUUAUGAUAUGUCAGAGUUGUGUAUCCGUGUGUGUUGGGAGUGCCGAGCACUGCUGCGGCGUCUGCAACUCUUCAAGCAUCAGGUCAAGCAGUCUUAUGCAGAACUACUGGAGUUUGCACAGAACAGUACAAAACAUCCUCAGCCAGUCUCCCCACGCUUGCAAACAGCCGUCAUCUACAACCACAGCUACCCAGACAUUCAUGUGAAGUUGGAAUUAGAUGAGGCUCCCUCAUACCUCGAAGACCGCCUCUUCAUCAAGGCUGAGGAGACACACUGCGAGCCGGAGGCCUUCGUGAACCAGCUCGAUGUGGAACCGGUGAAGAAGAGGAGGGAGACCAAGAAGGUUGGCAAGCCAGUAAAAGAAAAACCCAAGAAGAAGUUAAAACAAGCAGAGAAGAUCCCGAUCAAGAAGAGAAUAAAAGUCAAGAAGAAAAAGCCGUCAUCCCCCCUCUCGUCUGAUGACGGAGUCAAGACAGAGGCAGAGGAUAUAGAUAGAGAAGAAGACUUACAGCACAGCGCAGAAGUAGAAGAUAAAGUGGAGAAAGAAGUUAGUUUUAAAGAGACUAAAAGACUGAAUGGUACUGUGAAGGCUUUGAAGGAGGUUCUACCGGAGCGGCCGCAGUGUGCGGAGUGCGGGAAACACUUCAGCUCUCGGAAGACUUACAAGUACCAUCUCAACGUACUACAUAAGGGUCAGAAUCGUUACCCGUGUCCGCGUUGUGGGAAAGUGUAUCAGUGGAAAUCGAACCUUGGACGACAUCUGAGAAGCCAUAAGGCUCGCGACUCUGGUGAGCUGUACUGCGACACGUGCGACAAGCGCUUCGCGUCCGUCGCGACCUACCGCCAGCAUCUGCGGGUGUCGCGCAGCCAUGUGCCCGAGAGCGAGUUCAGUUUUAUGUGCAACGAAUGCGGCAAGAAGUUUGUCAAUAAGACUCGUCUGCGAGACCACAUAGACUGGGAACAUCUGAAGAAGAUCAAGUUUAGAUGUCAGCUGUGCAACAAGCCAUUCAAAUGUCACACAUCGUUGUAUGUGCACAUGCAGAACGUGCACAGGAACAAGGAGAAGAAGGACAACCUGUGCCACGUGUGCGGCAAGUCUUACCAGAACGCGGCGAAGCUGAAGUACCACAUCGUGGCGAUGCACACGAGCGAGACCCCGUACCGCUGCGCGCACUGCAGCGCCGCCUUCGGCUGGUACUCCUCGCUGUACCGCCACGUCAGGGAGGUCCACUACAAGAUGAAGGUUCAGCCGAAAAAGGCGAAGAAAUCGAAGAAGUCGGAGGUGUUGCCCUCUCUCCUGCCGCCGCAAGUCGUGCUCGCACAGAUGAGUCAGACGGCCGGCCCGCCCUAGCCGCCCUAGCCGCCCUAGGCGCCCUAGCCCGCCCUACACGAGAAACACUAAACGAGUGAUAUCCUACAAUCGUUUACGUCAAUAGAACACGCUCAAAUUUGGACAUGACAGGUCAAGGUCACAUGACCUAUUGAAACGAAUUGUCAGUAUUUGACAUAUCAAUAUAAUUCCCUAUUAAUAUUAUAAAUGUGAAAGUAACUCUGUCUGUCUGUCUAUCUGUCUGUAACGCUUUCAAGUCUAAA